UAGUAGUAUUUUUGCGAUGUUGGAGUUUGAAAGGAGCGAGUGGAGCUAAUAGGUGACUCAGAGUUUAGGAUAAGAGAUAUGCGCCAUAGUUGAAGAUUGAAUAAGGAAGGGUCCGCGUGCCAUGGCUGGCAUCACCACCGUCCCCUUCAAACUCUUUCAUUACCACGCCACACCUUCUCCUCUCUUCACUUCUUCUCAUUCCAAACUCUUCGGCCUUUCCCUCUCUAAUCCCAAUUCCCUCAAAUACGAUCCUUCUCUCUCCACCUCUCUCUUCUACGUAACCGCUCGCUACGGCGGCGGCGGCGGCGGCUCUCGCUCCUUCGGCUCCGGCGACUCCAGGAGACGCCAGCCCGAAACCGACGACGACCAGGCUCUCGACCUCUCCACCCUCAGGUCAGAUACCGUGAGGCUUAUUGAUCAGAACCAGAAUAUGGUUGGAGUAAUGUCAAUUGAUGACGCCAUUCAAAUGGCUGAGGAUGUCGAACUUGAUUUGGUAAUAUUAUCCCCAGAUGCAGAUCCUCCUGUUGUUAGAAUAAUGAAUUACAGCAAAUAUCGAUAUGAACAACAGAAGAAGAAAAGAGGACAGCAGAAGAAAAGUGCUGCUAAUCGGAUGGAUUUGAAGGAGCUCAAAAUGGGUUACAACAUAGAUGAGCAUGAUUAUUCAGUGCGUUUGAGAGCUGCACGGAAAUUUUUGAAAGACGGUGACAAGGUUAAGGUCAUAGUAAACCUUAAGGGUCGUGAAAAUGAAUUCAGGAAUAUUGCUAUUGAGCUUCUUACACGUUUUCAGAAUGAUGUUGGGGAGGUUGGACUAGAGGAGGCAAAAAACUUCCGUGACAGAAACAUCUUCAUAAUUUUGGUUCCAAACAAAGCUGCUGUACAGAAAACUCAAGAACCACCAAAGAAAAAAGACAAGUCCAACAAAGAUGAAGUCUCCGCCAGUGUCCAAGCGUAACCGAAAACUUCCAAGCUAGUUUCUAAUUGUAGAAUGAAUUGAGUAACUUUUAUUGGUCUGAGUUGUAUGAUUUAUAAUUCAUGUGCAAUAAUAGCAUAUAAAUUCUCGAGGAUUUUAA